AGUAGCGCACUCAGAUUGAUACUAGGAUCUGAAGCCUAUAAUGGUACGCCUUCAUAUUUAAAAAUAAUAAAUAAACAAAAUAAAGAGUUUAUAAAAGCCAGUAGUUGAGUAAAUAAAUAAAAUAUUAGUAAUAAUAGGAAUAGAAAUAAAAAUAAAAUCAAAGAAUAAAAUAUGGGUUAUAUGGUGGAUAUUGCAGCAACCAGAGCUUCCAUGCUGAAAGAUGAGAAAGACAGCAAAGGGGAUUGAGAGAGAAAGGGAGAGAUGGUGAUGAAAGAGGAGGUUUAAGGGAGGGUUUAGGUCCACCAACUGGUUGUUAAAGAUAGAACUCCUUAACCAAACAUAUCCUCAACAACAGGCAAAGAAGAAGACGAACAGAAGAAGAAUAAGAAAGCAGUAGUGGAAGAAAGUUUAAAAGAAGAAGCAAAAAAAGAGAGGGGAGGUAAGAGAAGGAGGUCAAGUAGUACCAACCUCUACAACUGGGUUUCAAAGUAAGAACAUCAAAAAGCAAAAAGUUUUUUUUUUUUUUUCUCUUUUUAUCUCCAAAAAGAGAUAAAUAGUUUAGAAGAGAAAGAGGUAGAGGGUUCAAGUUUGUGUGUGAAUCUUUCACGUGGGUUUCAUGGAAAUGAUGGAUAGAGAAUUUAUGAUUAGUAAAACAGGAGCAAAAUAAGUGAUAUAAUUCCUUCAUUGAUUGCUUUUUCUCUUCUCUUCUUCUGUCUGUCUCUUAUUUGGGUUUAAAUUAUUAUUAUCAUUACCUUUUAUUAGGAGCAACUAACUGAAAAUAAUUUUUUUUUCUUUUCUAAAGUUUGGGUUUGUUUUGUUUUGUAUUUUUAUUGUGGUAUGUGCAAAAAUUUUGAUGAAAAGUGAAGAGUUGGGCUGUUGUUGUUCUGGGUUCUUGGGAUCACAAAGUGUUUGGUUUCUUAAGGAUUUUGUUAUCACCAGCGGAUCAGGUGGUGUCUUUGAGAUUUGCUGUUCCCCAAAACUCCCACAACUGUUACUGGCUUCGAGAAAAUAUGACGGGCUCAUGUAUAGAGAAUACUCUAUUUCAUAGCGUGACUAUGUAAUCUGAUUUGAACGAGGCACCGAGAAAGUUUCAAGUUCAAGAGAAAUAUGGCUACUUAUUACUCUAGUUCCAAUAAUCAAAGUGAUACAGCUCCAAUGAUCUAUUUAAGAGAAACGAUGCCUGGUUCAUAUCCAGGGGCACCAGUUCUUCCUGGUAAUACAAUGAUGUAUAUGAAUUCUGGGUCUUACUCAGAUGCGUUUGCUGGGAAUUCUCAGCAGCAAAAUAACUGCAUUGAAAUUCAGGCUGCGGAGGCUUCGGAUUCAACUUCACAGCAGCAAGAAAUCUUAUCAAACCUUGGUGGCUCACGAGUUGGGGAGCAUGAGUUUGGUGCUUGGAGGGAUGAUAGAAAUGAAAUUCUAGUUAUGCAUCCAAUGGGUGGUACUGCCAGCGUUCUUCAGAGUGGUCAAAACUUGCAAGGUCAAGGAUUAUCCCUAAGCCUUGGUACCCAAAUUCCUUCUGGAAUUCAAAUGCUUUCUAUCCCCUAUCGAAAUCCCAAUUCAGGUUUUGAUUCGUUCUUGAGUUCUAAUCCUUCACUGACGGGUGAGGGUGGCAGCAGGAAUAGCUCUUCCAGAGAUGAACAUUCGCGAAAUACUGAAUGUCUGCCACCUGGUUUUACUGGAGGUAACCAAGAUUCAAAUAACGGGGAUUUAUCUGUGUAUGGAAUGUCGAGUAUCGCAAGAACUAUUCCUAAUUCCAAAUAUCUCAAGGUGGCACAACAACUGCUUGAUGAAGUUGUUAAUGUUCGAAAGGCUCUAAAGCAGCCUGAUGGAGAGAAAAACCAAAGCUUACAAGAUAACCGGAUGAAGAGUUCCAAGGAGGAUGAUGGGGGAUCAAAGAAUGUGCCCUCAAACCAGCUAGAAUCCUCCAAUAACUUUGCAAAAGAGCUUUCACAUCCUGAAAGACAAGAACUACAAAGGAAGUUAACAGAGCUGUUGUCGAUGUUAGAUGAGGUUGAUAGAAGGUAUAAACAGUAUUAUCAUCAGAUGCAAAUUGUAGUGUCAUCAUUUGAUGUGAUAGCAGGGUUUGGAGCUGCUAGGCCUUACACAGCACUUGCGCUACAGACUAUAUCCCACCACUUCCGAUGCUUGCGUGAUGCAAUUAAUGGUCAAAUUCGGGCAACACAUAAAAGUCUUGGGGAGCAGGAUACUUCAGAAAACAGUAAAGGAGUAGGAAUUACUCGUCUGCGUUAUGUGGAUCGGCAGCUGAGGCAACAGAAAACUCUUCAGCGGCUUGGUAUCAUACAACAACAUGCAUGGAGGCCUCAGAGAGGGCUGCCUGAAAACUCUGUUUCAAUACUUCGUGCUUGGCUGUUUGAGCAUUUUCUUCAUCCCUACCCAAAGGAUUCUGAUAAGACCGUGCUAGCAAGACAAACAGGCUUGACUAGAAGUCAGGUUUCCAAUUGGUUUAUAAAUGCACGGGUGCGUCUCUGGAAGCCUAUGGUUGAAGAGAUGUACAAGGAAGAAUUUGCAGAUGUAGAAAUGGACUCUAAUUCUUCAUCUGAAAAUGCAGUCAAAGCAACAAAAGGUGAUACAAGGACCUCUGAGGACAGAGAUGAAGGUCUGCCGCAAAGUGGGAGUUCAUCAGCCACAGAGAGAUGUAGCAAUGGACAGUUGAUGGAUUCCAAAUCUGACCAUGUUACCGAUGUAAAUAUGGCAGGAUCAACUACUGGAGUUGGUUUCCAAAAUGUCACACGUGGAGAAGCUGAAAUUGAAUAUGGAUUACUGAGGUUAAGAGAGGAGCAGAGGCCUAAUGUUGAUGACUCUAAUCUCUUCCCUGAGGCAAUUGCUCAUUCUGAUGGCAGUAGCGAUCGGUUUAUGGCAGCUGCUGCUGCUGCUUACCACAUGUCAGAGUCGAGAAGGUUUGGAAGUGGAAGCGGUGUCUCUCUCACCUUAGGAUUGCAACAUUUUGAGGGUGGUAACAUACCCAUGUCAGUUGGAGGCCAUCAAAAUUUUGUUCCAUUGAGAGGGGAUGACAUAUACAAUCCUGCAGCAUCUUCUGUAGGAGCCGAAACUGCAGAUUUUGAAUGCAUAGAUGCUGUCAACCGGCACCUCAGGUUCAGUUCCUCGCAUUUGUUUCAUGAUUUUGUAGCAUGAAAUGUGCUUGCCAAGGUAUUGGAAAGAUUAGUCCUCUGAAUAUGAACAAGUAUAAAACACAGUUGUAAUAUAUCAAGAAAUUGAUUGGAGGGUGAGCAUAUUUGUAAAUAAUACAUAAUUUUUGUUUAAUAUGUGAAGGAAAAUGUACAAUUAGUUGCAGCUUCAAAUACACUCCUGAUUUGCAAUAAAGGUGGGAAUCUGCCUGUUGCUCUA